AUAUAAUUUUAUCAAAAUAAAUUCUAAAAAAAUCUAAUUUUAACUACGGAUACUUUAGUCUUGCUUUUAUAAAGUUUUGGCAUUUGUUUGAUUUUACUGCCUCCAUAUAUAAAGUGCAAUGAGGUGACAUACAGAAUUAGAUGCAAUUACGUGAGCGUAAACAUAGAGCUAAGUAAUCUGUAAUUAUAGAGGUUUAUCCUGUGAGGGUUAAGUAGCACCUACAAGUUAAUGGACCUCGCCAUUAUGUGGUUGCCCUGAUUGAUGUACGUCUUAAAUUAAAUUACAACUGAUUUAAUAUGGUUUUGUUUACGUAAAACAUUUUUUAAAUUUAGGUUGUAAGUGUUACAAUAUUAUGUCAAAAACUGCAAAUGAAAUUAUUACUUACAAACUGAAUACACAUUUUCGUGAAAUUUGAGCGAUUACAGAGCAAUGAAUAUGAAAUUAAAUACGAAUAUUUGACAACUUAAAGACAUAAGAAUGUGAAUUACUGUAUUAGAUAACCUCAUACUUUAAUACACAACCUUUAGAAUGAACACUGUAUAUCAGUUUUAGGAGAGCUUUUACGACACUGUUUCACGGGUUGAAUACAACAAAUGACAUAUAGCAUUAUUCAAUUUAUGGUGCCAGUGUUAUUUUACAAUCAGUUAAACUGGAUGAAAGAAAAACUACGUUUUGAUUAUUUAUUUACAGCAGCGAUAGCUGGCGCUGGUAAAGAGCAAAUAAUCUGAGACAAAAGCCGACACAUCUUGUGUUUACAACAAAAUAAACAGAACUAGGACAGUCUAGGUGCGCGGGAAUUCCCGGGCAGGGUAGGGUCAUCUAAAGAGAACGUUCUACUAAUUUGAAAAUAAUGGCUGCAACAACACUGACCAAUUGCAUUCGGUGAUCUGGAGAUAUAAGAUAGUGAGUAAAAAGUUAACGAGGGAAGCAGCUGAUAAAUAGUCGUGCAUGUGGUUGAUGCCAAUUGAGAAUAUGAUAUCACCAAAUCGUGAAAUGUGACGGUAUCAUUUGUUUAGGGGUCAGGUGAGAUAAUUUGCUUCGCAGGAAAGUAGUGACGUCUUCAACCCCCAGGCCAGCCCACGCUCUUUAUAAAGAAGAUACCUACAUCGACGCUCAUUCAAAGGAUUUACGCAAUUGCCCAAUUUUCAUGGAUAUUUAUCAGAUAGACCAUCAGUGGCAAAAAUAAAGGUUAACUAGGUCAAAAAAGUACUUCGAAAAAAUGGAGUAACAAGACAAAAGUGUUCAACGUAUGUAAAAAGGAUUUUAAGUUCAGCGCUAAGAAUAAAUAAAGUGAGUUAAAAAUUACAUAUUCUUACAAAAGAAAUACAGUUUUACAAAUUUUGCAGGCAAAUUUUUUUCACAGCUAAUCUGAGAUUCUUACUUUGUAGUUUGUUUAUUGCUUAGCAAUUUAGCAUAUUAACAUGCAGACAGUGGUCAACAAACACAGUGGGGAAAUAUAUUGCCUGAGGGUGAUGGCUUACUGACCAUUUAAUGUGGGAAGAAGCACCGUUGCAAUCAGUUAUGAUUAGACUAUAGAAUCAGUUAUGAUGCGAUAAUAGAUACCAGACAGCUGGCCUGAAGUAGGACUGAGGUAUGAGCUAUUGUUUAGUCAAAUUAUAUACACAUAUUUUAGCUAUCAGAUUCAAACUUUCCCAUGCAGUUUUUGACGUUUGUGGGAAAAUUUAAGUUAACUGUUAAUUCCCUAUGAUUUGUAUUAUCAGGUACAUUGAAUUGUAUAAGAUAUUCUGUGUUUACACUGAAAUAGGUGUGCUGAGAUGAAUUCUGCUGCUAUAACUAUAUUACUUGUUACUCUAACUGUUUGCAUUGAGCUUGGAAAACCACAAGGUCUCUCAUACAACUGCCAGUGGGUGAAUGGUGAGCGGAAGUUAAAAUGUAUUCUUGCAAGAUUAGAUUUGUUUCUAUCCAUGUUGGAAGCUCCACCUUCCACCCAACAUAUUGUUUGUCAGCACAGCAGACUCAGUAAUGCAGAGUUAUUUAAGACCAGAAUCCUUACAAGUGCAAGUGAUCUACAAACAUUAAACUUGGGAUACAACAAUCUACGUCAACUACCUAACGACUUCUUGAACGCAAAUCCACUUCUUACUGAUGUUAACAUAAGAAACAACAAAAUUCAAGUCAUUUCGAGUGCAAUUUUUCAGCAAAACAGAAGACUUAAGUUGAUUGAUUUGAGCAAAAACUAUAUCAGCAGCAUAAGUUCUGAAGCAUUUGCAACAAAUAUUAAUCUGGAAACACUGCACCUUUGGGGAAAUAGACUGACAUCACUGCCAGAAGGAAUGUUGAGGAACAACCGAAAACUGAGGAAAAUCAAUCUGAGUUGGAACCAACUUAUGUUUCUGCCACGCAACAUCUUUAAAGGCCUCACAUACCUCACUGAGAUUCAUCUACUUAAAAACAAUAUACAGUGUUUACGACAAGGUGUUUUCAUGGACAACGCAAAUCUUAUUACUAUUCACCUGGGCUACAACAAUAUACAAGUCCUGCCAGAUAAUCUAUUCAGUCGGAACUUUGAGCUGGAAAGCGUGAGGUUAUGGGCUAAUAAGCUUAAAUGCUUUCCACAAAGUCUGUUUUCAAACAAUGCAAAUCUAAAGUAUGUGAACUUAUUAUUGCGCAAUACUGGGUUACCAUGGAGAUUGAGACAGAGAUUUUUCUACCAACAUGGUGACAGCAUAGUUGAAAUGCGACGGAGGAUAGAACAACAUGGAAACAUGACCUGUAACUUAACUAACUGUGAGUGGGACGAGGAAUCAGCCACCAUGGAUUGUAGUUUCAGAAACAUGACAAGCGUUGAAAGUUUGCAAGAAACUUGCGAGGUUGUAAGACAUCUAAGGUUGAAUGGAAAUGCAUUGAGUGAUUCUGAAGAAUUUGAACCUCUAAUGGGAAACCUACCAGAGAUCAGAACGUUGGAACUUCAGGGAAACAAAUUCACAGGAAAGUUGCAUAACCGAAUGUUUAGACACGCACGAUUCUUGUCUUCAGUAGAUCUGAGUUCUAAUGAGAUAAGCGAACUACCAAUGAAUAUGUUUGUAACAAACACUUUCUUACAAAGGGUGGGUGUUUCAAGGAACCAGUUAAGAACAAUUCCUGGAGUUUUAUUUCAAAACAACGCACAUCUCGCUUAUGUUGAUGCUUCAAUGAACGUCAUAGAAAUGUUAGAAAACCAAACUUUUUCAUCCAACAGAUUGCUGGAGGUUGUGAAACUGGCACGAAAUAAAAUUAUGGAGGUUGACAAUUCCAUUUUUGCAAACAACCCAAAGUUAAUUGAAGUGGAUUUAGCAUACAAUAACUUGCGUGGAAAUUUCUACAUAUCUACAAUCCAACAGGCACCACAGCUGGAGAUUCUGAUGCUAACAGGCAACCAUCUGAGUGAUUUCACAACUGAAAACCAGAGCAUUCAAUUAGCUGGUGAUCAGAAUCGAUCGAAAGAGAUUUCCCUGUCAGAUAACAAGCUACAACUCAUUCCUGUUGCAUUACUACAUGCAAAAACAGGAACAAAGACAAUUCGACUGAAUAGAAACAACAUUGCAACAAUACCACAAAAUGCAUUUUGGAAAUCACAGCUCUUGCAAAUACUUGAUCUUUCAAACAAUAGAAUAAGAGAAGUUCCGGAGUUUGGUUUUGUCCAGAACUUACACUUAGAAGACCUCAUACUUGACAACAAUGCAAUAACUGAGCUACACCCAAGGUUACUGGUGUUCAACCGCGCACUAAGAACUUUCAGUGCAAAUGGCAACCAACUGACCAGUAUACCAUCAACUUUUUUCCAAUACAAUCGAAAUUUAGUUGAGGUUCGUUUGUCGGACAACAGCAUUGGUAUAACAGGAUUGCCGGCAAAUCUGUUCGCUUGGAACCCUCUUUUGAGAUAUGUGUCGAUUAGUGGCAACUCAAUAACUUCAUUGCCAGAAUCUCUUUUCCAGCGAACCACGUUACUCUCACAGGUUUAUUUGCAAGAAAAUCAGAUCGAAUCUGUGAGUAGAAGGACAUUUGAAACAGCACAAGCGUUAUCCGAUGUACAACUGUCUAUUGAGCAACUCCCACCCCCAGAAGAACGUGCCGGAAACGUCACAAUUAUACAUCCAUCUCCAACCAGUGCAGAGGAAAACAACUACCACGCUCUCACACAUCUAGAUGUGGUGGAUUUAAGGGGAAAUUCGAAACUUCCAGAUGACCAUGCGGAGAUUUUUCGUGAUAAUUACGGAAUCAGGGAACUACUACACUUGCUUUUAAAUGAUAACUGAAUUAUA